AAAGGGAAAAAAAGGAAGGAAGAAAGUAACAAUAAUGGCGGUUUUUUUUUACUGAGUGAUUGGAGCUCCGGAGAGGAGAAGGGGCGAAGAAGUCACAGAGGGAGCGAGGGAUCUCUCUCUCUCUCUGAGUUCUCUUUUGAUCGAUUGGUUUAGAGCCGGCGCUCGAGAAAGCGUUCUUUGAUGCUGAAUUGCUAUCGAGAAUCCUCGAUCCAUGGCGUUUCGUGGCGUUGGGGAUGGGGAUCUGCGGAAUCUAGGGUUUAAGAUGAGGUCUCUGUGAGUGAGGAGUUCGGUCGGAGGUCUGAGGAGCUCGUGAUUUGGUUUUCCGGAAAAAGAGCUGGGUUUCGUGGUCGGAGGCUUUGUUUUGGAACUUCUAUUGGAGGUUUGGAGAGGCUUGGGUUUGGAAUCGAGGAGCUUGUGGAGGGUGGAGCUCGUUGAAGUGCUUCUUGAGCUAAAGGUAUUAUUUUGAGCCGUUAGGGGAGUUUCUGAGGGGAGAUCUGGUGGGUUGAUGUUUCUUUGUUGUUUCUGGUCAAAUGCAUGAGUUUUUCUUUGAGCUUGGGUGAUGAAAGCCGGAAUUUUUUUAGGGAAGAGCUGAACUGGGUGAAAGCUUGGGAUUUGCUGAGGGUUCGGAUCUCUGAAGGGAGAUUUCUUCGCUUGUUGGGUUUUUUUUUUGUCGUGAUUUGCUUGCUUGGCUUACUUGGCCGAGGUAUUUGGCUUCCACUUUGUACGUUUUUCUGUUGUUUUUUGAGAUUUUGGUUGAGGAAUUCAGAGGUUCUUUGGUUGGAGGUAUCAAUACGAAGGAUUUGGUUGGAGUUUUCUGUUCGGAGGCUUGGAAACGCCUUCUGGUCCAUAAUUUUGGGGCGAGUCCAUAACAAGAAUCAGAGAUUUUGGUGUAUUUCUUUGGUUUUGACUUGGGAUUUGUAGGGUUUAUGUGCGGCAACUUCCUCGUGAUGAAGACGAUGGAUUGGAAACUGUAGGCCUUCGAAGUUGAAGGCUUGGACCUGAUGAGAGUGGAAGCGAGCGUUUCUUGUAGUGGACCUGGCUUUGGAUGAGGAGAUUGGCGGGUUUUCAGGGGGCUUUUUUCACCAAAUGGAGGUUUUGAUGCCAUCAAUUGGGUCCUCUUAUUUUGUUGUGUGGGCUUUAGCUGGGUGCAAGGGCAAAAGAGUCCCAUUGGGUUGAAGAAAUCAAAGCUUUGAAUACGCCUACCUUGUAAGGUGAAAUUUUAUGGUGGUAUGAUAGCAGCUAAUCAAGCGGAAGCCAACAGCAGUGAUUCAUCAUCACAUGGAGUAUGUUCCCUUGAAGAUUUCAUUUGUUUGUUGAAGAUAGAGGACAGCUGUGGUCCUCAGGUGUGGAUCGUUCUACGGUAAGCCUAUUCAUAGUUUCAGGAUGAGGCUCUCGACGUCGGGACUUCCGCAGCAGACACAGGAAGGGGAGCAAAAGUGUCUGAAUUCGGAGCUAUGGCAUGCAUGUGCCGGACCACUUGUGUCUUUACCUGCUGUUGGAAAUCGUGUAGUGUACUUUCCACAGGGCCACAGUGAGCAGGUAGCUGCAUCUACCAACAAGGAAAUUGAUGCUCACAUCCCAAAUUAUCCAAACUUACCUCCUCAGUUGAUUUGUCAGCUUCAUAAUCUGACUAUGCAUGCAGAUGCAGAGACAGAUGAAGUUUAUGCCCAAAUGACAUUGCAACCAUUGAGCCUGGAAGAGCAAAAAGAUCCAUAUCUUCCUGCUGAAUUGGGUACUCCAAGCAAGCAGCCAACCAACUAUUUCUGCAAGACCCUGACUGCAAGUGACACCAGUACUCAUGGUGGAUUCUCUGUUCCUCGCCGGGCAGCUGAAAAAGUCUUCCCACCAUUGGAUUUUUCCCAGCAGCCUCCUGCGCAAGAAUUGAUUGCAAGGGACCUUCAUGAUAAUGAGUGGAAAUUUCGUCACAUUUAUGCAGGUCAGCCAAAGAGGCAUCUUCUGACAACAGGAUGGAGUGUUUUUGUAAGCGCAAAACGACUGGUUGCGGGUGAUUCAGUCCUUUUUAUCUGGAAUGAAAAUAAUCAGUUGCUUCUGGGUAUUCGACGUGCUAAUCGACCACAAACAGUAAUGCCUUCAUCAGUAUUAUCAAGUGAUAGCAUGCAUAUUGGACUUCUUGCCGCAGCAGCCCAUGCUGCUGCUACAAAUAGCCGUUUUACUAUAUUUUACAAUCCGAGGGCAAGUCCUUCAGAAUUUGUCAUACCAUUGGCAAAGUAUGUUAAAGCAGUUUAUCACACUCGUGUUUCUGUGGGGAUGCGUUUUAGAAUGCUUUUUGAGACAGAAGAGUCUAGCGUUCGCCGUUACAUGGGCACAAUCACAGGGAUUAGUGAUUUGGAUCCUGUGCGCUGGCCAAACUCACAUUGGCGGUCUGUGAAGGUUGGUUGGGAUGAGUCAAUCGCUGGGGAAAGGCAGCCGAGGGUUUCCCUUUGGGAGAUCGAACCUCUAACAACAUUUCCAAUGUAUCCAUCUGCGUUCCCUCUUAGACUUAAACGUCCAUGGCCAUCAGGACUGCCCUCCUUGCAAGGUUGCAAGGAUGAUGACAUUCGUCUGAAUUAUCCACUUAUGUGGCUUCGGGAUGGAGACCGUCGGAUGCCAUCUUUGAGCUUUCAGGGACUUGGAACGACACCAUGGAUGCAGCCAAGACUUAAUGCUUCUAUGCUAGGUAUCCAGCCCGAUAUGUACCAAGCAGUGGCUGCAGCAGCAUUGCAGGAGAUGAGGACUGUGGAUCCUCCAAAGCAGACAGCACCAGCAAUUCUACAUUUCCAGCAACCUCAAAGCUUAACUAGCAGAUCCACUCCUCUAUUAGCAAGUCAGAUUCUACAUCACAUGCAACCUAACUCUCAGCAGGCCCUCAUUCAGCCCAUUCAGGAAAGCCAUGGUCAAAAUCAAACUCAGUCUCAGUUUCUUCAACAUCAGUUGCAGCAUUACAACUCAUUUGGUGACCGGCAGCAGCUGCAGCCAUCACUACUUCAGCAAAAGCAGCAGCAUCAACCACAACAGCAGCAGCACCAACUGUUGCAACAGCAGCAGCACCAGCAGUUGCAGCAGCAGCAGCAGCAUCAACAGUCACAGCAGCAUCAGCAGUUGCCGCAGCAGCAUCAGCAGUUGCCGCAGCAGCAGCAACAACAAUCACAGCAGCAGCAAAUACAUCAGCAGCAGCAGCAGCAGUUGCAACAGCAGCAACACCAGCAAAUCCAACAGACACACUUGUCUAAUCAUCCGCAAGUUCCUAAUGCCGUCUCAAGCCUGUCACAGCUUGCCUCUACAUCUCAAUCCCUGUCUUCAUCCUUGCAAACAAUAUCUUCAUUUUGCCGUCAGCAAAGCUUUCCAGACAUCAAUAUUAACCCGGCAACCACAUCUGAUGUCUCUCCUCUGCAUAAUAUAUUGCGCUCAUUUUCUCCUGAAGAAACACCAAACGUUCUUAAUUUGCCAAGAACCAGCUCAUUAAGCACUUCGGUCACAUGGCCAUCUAAGCGAUUAGCUGUUGAAUCCAUGCUUCCUACUGAAACUCGGUGUCUGCAGUCCCAGGUUGCACAAUUAGGCCAAGAAUCAAACAUCUCUCAGCACAGUGUCACUUUACCACCAUUUCCCGGGAGAGAUUACUCUCUUGACCAGGAAUGCAACACAGAUGCUCAAAACCAUCUGCUUUUUGGUGUCCAUAUAGAUUCUUCGUCUCUCUUAAUGCAGAAUGGGAUGCCAAACCUGAGGAGUAUUGGCAGUGGCACUGAUUCAACAGCCAUGCCAUUUCUGACCAUUGCAGGAACAGAUUUCCCGUUGAACCAGGCAAUAACGAGUUCAAAUUGUAUAGAGGAACCGGGAUUCUUGCAAUCUCCUGAAAAUGUGGGCCAUAUGAACCCACAAAGUGGAACCUUUGUUAAGGUUUACAAAUCAGGGUCCUAUGGAAGGUCACUAGAUAUUACCAAAUUUAACAGCUACCCAGAGCUGCGAACUGAGCUUGGGCGUCUGUUUGGACUUGAAGGCCAGUUGGAGGACCCUAUGAGAUCAGGCUGGCAGCUUGUAUUCAUCGACCGGGAAAAUGAUGUUCUUCUCCUAGGCGAUGAUCCCUGGCAAGAGUUUGUCAAUAAUGUCUGGUGCAUAAGGAUACUCUCACCCCAGGAAAUGCAGACGCGCAAAGAAGGGGGUGAGCUUCCGACCACAGCCCCAACCAAGAGGUUCCCGAGCGGCAGCUAUGAUGAGUAUAUGAACAAGCAGGACUCGAGAAACAUGAGCAAUGGAAUUGCUUCUAUGCUACCUCUGGAGUACUGAAAGAAAUAUUGGAGAGUAGAGAACAUGAGAUUCCAUAGCUUUUGAAGUGUGGGAGAACCUCUCGUACCAGCCAUCUUGCGGUCUUGCCCUUCACACACGGGACUGAAGCCAGUAGCUUGGUGUAUCUAUGUCUAAUAACUGUAUUAUAUGGUGACCCCAUGCGACUUUGAUAUACAUGCCAAUGUGGUUUAUCCGAAUAUAAUCACGUGAAGCUAGGCAUUUUUAUUAUCG